AUCUUUCUCUGUAAUUAUAUUUUGGCAAUGCAUGUUGGACGGUCAUCAUCUUCUGCACCAGAUUUUGCUAAAGCUACAGUAUCAGCCCAGAGAAUUUUUGCUCUACUAGAGAAGAAGCCAAAGAUUGACAUAUAUAGUACUGAAGGUCUAAAACUGGAUCAUUUUGAUGGCAACAUUGAAUUCCAAGAUGUCCAUUUUGCUUACCCUACUAGAAAAAAAGUGCAGGUGUUGCAAGGACUUAAUGUGAAGGUUUCCAAAGGACAAACACUUGCACUGGUGGGAAGUAGUGGAUGUGGGAAAAGCACUUCUGUUCAGCUUCUUGAAAGAUUUUAUGAUCCAAUAAAUGGACACGUGGUAAGGCAAUCAUUUGGAACUAGUGAUAAAAUGAUUACCUCUUCUAAGAUUGUGACCUUGGAGUGGGUAGAAGGCUUAUGUGGCUUAGAACUAUGCUCACUGGAUAUUUGUACUUCUGAUAAGGAAAGUUUGUCUACAUGCAGGAUGUCAAAAAACAACAGUCCAUUCAAGAUCCCUAUUAUUGUCUCAAUAGUCAAUGGCUGAAGUUGACUAACGAAAAAAGUAGAAUUGA